AAUUCAAUACUCACAUUCUCUCAUAUUGUAUUCAAUACAAAACCGAAAUUUCAAAAUGGCACCAAAGAAAGGAGGAAAGAAGGGAGCAAAGAAAGAACAAAAAGCAAACUCAAAUGUGUUCUCUAUGUUCGACCAAACCCAAAUCCAAGAAUUUAAAGAAGCUUUCUCUAUGAUAGAUGCCAACCGGGAUGGUUUUAUUGACAAAAUUGACCUCAAGGAUACUUAUUCAGCUCUCGGAGUUCGAGACAUCAAGAUGGAAAAACUAGAAGCAAUGGUAUUGGAAGCACCAAGCGCUAUUAACUUCACAGUUUUUUUAAACAUGCUUGCAGAUAAACUUCAAGGUACUGAUCCAGAAGAUACUCUCGUACAAGCUUUCAAGAUUCUUGAUCCAGAAAAUACUGGAGUAAUCCACAAAGAUGUUUUUUCGGAAAUGUUCAUGACCCAAGGAAAAAGAUUUACAAAAGAAGAAAUUGACCAAGUGCUUGAAAUUGCACCAGUAGAUGUCGCUGGUAAUCUUGAUUACAAAGCACUUUGCUACGUCAUAACUCAUGGACAAGAAGAAGAAUAAAAACAUUCCUCGUUUUCACAGUUAUAUUUCUGAUACGGCCAAAAUUUAGAUUCAUUAACAUUUCAAUAUCAGCAGUUUAUGUUAGAAAAAAUUAAAUGUUUUUAAUGUUUAAAUAUGUUUUUUCAAUGAAAUAAAGAAUCCAUGAAUAGAA